GCGCAAGUGCCACCGGGCGGCGUGGAGGAAGAACUGCAGCGCAUGGCGCACUUAAAAUAAAACGGCUCUGACAGAUUUCGUGAUUUAAUAAUUCUCCGUCAAGUUAUCGGUCAACUUAUCUGCACGCCGUUUUCCCCUGGCGCGGGAAGAGAGAACAAUUCGUGGAAUAUUACUGAAAUGACAGUGCGGGGCUGGUUGUGAAUUCGGGUUAUGGUUGGGAGCUCGAGCCGCCCGGCGUGAGGGAGGCGGUGCGCGCGCCGCCGCGGAUGCUGCGGAAAACGCGACGCGUAUGAUGCUGAAUAACUUGAUAUCUUGUUUAUAUUUUUAUAUUUCUUUUCCAUUUUGGUGGAGCGAAGCAUGCUUCCAACAGGAGACGCUCACAGGGGAAUGAAUGACAGAGCUGGAGUCAAAAUGGGUUAUUUAUUUUAUUAGGAUGCAGGGUUACGCAUGUAAUAUAGAAAUAAAAUAUCAGCGAAGGGCACAGACAUGCGUUUAUUAAUAUUUAUCUCUGAAUAAAGGUCAGAUGUUAAUAUUUUUAUGAAGCCAGUGUUUAUAUUAUCCCAGCCUACUGCAGUGUAAAUGACCUUAGGAGAGAAAGAGUGAGGACAGACUUGGUUUUCUCCUGAUUUGCGGAGCCGCUUUUAAAACUUUAAAUCAAAAUCGUGGUAUAAAUCGGCAGCUUUUUUUGGUACAUAAUAUUUCCCCCAUCAUUUCAGCCUUGAAAAGUUAACGGUGUUGUGAAGAGCACAGGCUGCGGGGCAUCUGGAAGAGGACCCACGAAGACAGGAUGGGACCACCAGACCACCCUGUAUGGUCCAUGAAGGUCCACAGCAGCCCACGUGGUCCUUGAAGAUGCAGAUACGCCCACGUGGCCCCUGGACAUCCACACCAGCCCACAUGGCAUCUGGAGAUCUAGACCAACCCGUGGGACCCCGGAAGAUGCAGAUGCACCUAGAUGAUUUCUGAACGUCCAGAUGAGCUCGCGUGGUCCCCAAAGGCCUUUCGUGAGGCCGCAUGUUCAGAGGAGGUCCAGACCGACUCACACGGUCUCUGAGGGUCUUUAAGGAGUUUCUCCACCUCUCUGUUAUCUGCCUUGCUCUGCUUCCCAAGGUGAGCCUCCAGCACCUGCUCCUCCCACACUUGCCCACAGUGGGAGUGCGUUGCAUGAUUAUGAUUUUAAAGUACAUAUUUUCUCUGUCACGGUCGUCUCCUCUGUUCGACUGAAGGUCUCCCACUGGAGUUAACCUUGGGAGAUGAUUCAGAAGUUCAUAGUUUCAGGUGUUUCCUGUGUUGGUUUCUGAUCUGUGUGAAUGAAACUUGGUUUUUACACUCCUCACGCUACAUUUAGCAGUAAGGACUUUUUUUGCAUGACAAUGCUGGAGAGUCCGAGGAUGAACGAGGAAGGGGGAGCGGAGCUCCCUCUGUGAAGACGCGAUCGCCGGCCGUCCUGUUGUGUGUGGAAACUGGGCGUGGAGGCGAACGCGUGGCGUGGAGGUGUACGGACUGCUGCGGAUUGCCGCGUACGUUCGGGGACGAGCUGCUCUGUGGCUUCGACUUCUCACAGGAAACUGGGUGUCGCUCUCAUGAACAGUUGACACGCCGCCCGGUGCAUCUCUGUCCUCCUUCGCAGCGAGAGCCGCGAAUAUUAGUGGCACGUCACCGAGGAGCCGCACGCAGUCAAAACACGGUCGUCCCUGAGCAGAGCUGCUGGCGCUCAGAGCCGAGAUGAUAAUGGGCGUCAGACGUCAGGGAUCGUAAGGACGAUCGCAGCCAGGUGAAACCAGCGGGUGCUGCACAUCCUUGCGCUCCAGGCAAGUCUCACUGCUGCUCUGCCAACAUGAGCUGUGGCUCCGUGUGGAGGAAGCCCCAUCCAGAUGUGCACAUGGCGAGGCUGUGCUCUGACUGCCGAGAGCCCGGAGGAGCCCGGAGCCUGUGCACUCUGUGUAACAAGCAACUGUGUUGCCGCUGUGCUGACCUGCACCAGCACCCCAACCGGACGGCCCCCCCACUGCACCCCUUGGAGCCAGAUGCACCCCCCACUUCUGCUGGCUCUGUCCGCUGGCUGACUGGUGCCCCCCCGUGCCCGCUACAUGGGCAGGAGCUGCUGGAGCUCUUCUGCGAGACCUGUGACGUGCUCUCCUGCAGCCGCUGCCACCUGUCCAGCCAUGCUGAUCACAGGUUAGUCCACGUGAGGCAGGCUCUCCGUGAUCAGCAGUGGCUCUUUGAGAACCUGACGGCCCAGCUGGAGGACAAGAGAUCUGCUAUGGAAAACUCGGCCAAGCAGAUAGAGUCCAGGAUACACGGCAUAAAGGUUUUGCAGAGAAAGGCAGAGAACCAGAUCAAAAUGGCAAAGAUGAUCAUAAUGAAUGAGCUGAACAAACGCACCAACUUGUUGACAGAGCAGCUGAAGAAGAUGUCUGGCGACGUGAAGCAGCAGCUGGAGGCUCAUCUACAGGGCCUGGUGGAGUUGUGCAGUGAGCUGGGCCACAUGCAGAGCUUCCUGGCCUGGGCCACAUCUCACCACCGCAGGACCCAGUUGCUCUUUGGCAAGGAGCUGAUCACAUUCCAGAUGCAGCGGCUGUUUGAGUCGCAUACGCACGCAGAUCUGGGCCCCCCCGUGAAGAUCAGGUUUAACUGGGAUGCCAGCUUCUGGACCAAGCAGAUCUCUACUUUAGGUCAACUGACAGCAGAGGGAGGAAGUCGACCUCCCCCCGAGAGUAGGGCUUGCCCCGGCGUCCUCAGGCCACGUCCUAUAGCUUGCCCCGCCCUUCCGGCAUCUCUGUGUCACCGGGCUUUGCAGCAGGCCUGCGGUUUCCAGGCCUACUUUCAGCCCCAGCCGUGCUGCCCCCGUUGCGUGGAUCCCAAGGCACCCGGAGACCCUUGCGACCUUCUCGUGAACAGCGGUCGCGGGUCUCCAGGGUCGCAAGGCCGGUGCGUUCCUCUCAAGCCUUACGCAAAGCAGGUGGACGUGGAGAACGUGCAGCAGAACAGCUCGUCCCAGCUCUGUCCUCCUCGGGAGGCGUGGGAGAAGGAGGGUCUGCAGGACCCUGUCACACAGACACAGCACCACCCCCAGCAGCUGUCAUCUGGGCAGGACUCUCGUGGCUGCGGUUUCGGCAGCUCCCCUCCGGAACCGCUCCAGCGCUGCCCCGAGCCGCCGCCGACCGGAGUGCACAGCUGGGUGGACCUUGACCAGUUGAAGCUGGUGAUGAAGCGGAGCAGACUCGAGGUAGACAGGCAGAGGCCUCGGGCGGUGGCGGACCCGGGUGGGCUGGAUCUAGGAGGGGCGGAGGCGGAAGAACCGCAGCAGCAGCAGCCGCAGCAGCAGCAGGGAGAGCCCUCUCCGGUACCGGCAUGCAAUGCAGACCCCACGGCCAACUGGCAAUCACUGGAAGGAGCUCGACUGCUGCCGAGCAGCAGCUGCAGCCGCUCGGUUUCCGCCUCGCCGGAGAUGUCAUUGCCGGUACGCGGAUCGCAAUGGGGAAGGAGGCCCGAAUCCCGGAGCGCUCCCUCCCCCACCCACACCCCUGCCCCCAGCCUCCGUGACGCCCGGCCCACAGGGGCCGCUCGCAACCUAGCAACAGCAGGUGGGGAGCAGGGCAACGCGACAGGCCAGGCUCCCAGGAGGUUGGUGUCAGAAGGGGCGGAGCCAGUCACCCCGCCUCCCACGCAGACUUGCCACAGACUUUCUGUCCUACGCUCAUGGCACGUGUCCACCUACAAGUCAGAGUCAGAUAAUGCUUAUGCAUAUAAGGAGGUUGGAGCUGAGCAAAGAAAUGGAAGACUUGGAGCAUCUUCACAGGAGAAUAUCAGCAGCCCCAGGGAGGCGGUGGUGGCGGGUCCAAGACAAUCCACAGUGCUGCAUGGUUGCCUAGAACGGAUGAAGGCCCGGGCCACGGCAGGCCAGCAGCCACUGCAGGCACAAAAACAAUGCAGCCCACAUCUGUGCCCAGACCUCCAUCCUGCAGGGGGCACUGAAGAGCAUCGCAUACAGGCAGGAGCCAGUGAAGAGAGGGUGCCAACCACAGACAUGAACCGGUUACCGCCGAACUCUUUGGACCAGACACCCAGUUGUUCACUUCCUGAGUAUCCGCAGAUUGAGCCAUGCAGUCAGGAGAGGCUGGAACAGCAUCCCUCACUAAUUCAACGCAGACCUCAGGCUGAUUUGGAGUCUGAUGCAGGCCCGGAGUCCGAAUCAGAACCGCGCUCCGAAACGGAGCCAGACAUUGAAUCGGAGCCGGAUUUAGAAUCGGAAGCAGAUUUAGAACCGGAAUUAGACCAAAAUCCAGAAUCGGACAUGGGUCUAGAGUCCGAUCAACAGCCUGAGCUGGAAUUGGAGCCACAGCAGGAGUCAGAGGUUGAUAUAGAUUCUAAUCCGGAACUGGAGUCGGAGAUGGCAUCGGCCCAGCCGGAGGAAUCAGAACCAGACGUGGAGCCAGGUGCACAGGGGGAAGCAGAGCCAUGCUUGGAAUCAGAGAUUGGUCUGAGCGCCGAUGCCGGUGCAUACACCAUGGUACCCAGUGUCGAAGACAGUAUCCCCAGCGAAUGUAGUGAUAGACAUGCUGGUGGUGGUGUGGAGAUGGAGAACGAAGACUUUUGUGCCGUGUGUCUGAAUGGGGGAGACCUGCUCUGCUGUGAUCGUUGCCCCAAGGUCUUCCACCUGUCGUGCCACGUUCCCCCCCUCCUCAGCUUUCCUACAGGAGACUGGGUGUGCACGCUGUGCCGAGACGUCCAGAAGCCGGAGGUGGAGUAUGACUGUGAGAGCAGCAAGGGGAAGGGAGCCCAGCAUGGUCUGUCUGCAUGUGAUCGGAGGAAGUGUGAGAAGCUGACAUUGUUCAUCUAUUGCAACAUCCUGAGCGGACCUUUCCACGAGCCGGUCAGUCCACUGGCCAGACAUUAUUACCAGAUCAUCAAGAAGCCUAUGGACCUGUCUGUCAUCAGGAGCAAGCUCACAAAGAAGGGCCCCCAGCAGUACUGCACACCUGAGGAGUUUGUCGCGGACGUCUUGCUCAUGUUCAGAAACUGCGCAAAGUUCAAUUAUCCGGACUCCGAAGUGGCUCAAGCAGGCCAGAGUUUGGAGAUAUUCUUCAACUCCAAGCUGGAGGAAAUAUACCCUGAGAGGACCUUCCCAGCUCUCGAUGACGACUCGGACAGUGACGAUUAUGAGGAUUUCCCUACGGCAGGCAUGGCUGGUUUCCCGUGGCCAGAUGGGAGGGAGCACAGCCACAGGAAGAGGAAGAGGAGGCGUUCUCUCAACUGGAGGAAACAUCACUUCUGAGCUUGCAUGGGUCUCACACAAGUCAUACCUGCUGCCUAAUAUUUUUAACCUUUUUACUGAAUGUUAGGUCUUACUCCAUGAACAGUUUUCACUUUCUGAAAAUAUCAAAGAAGUUUCGUGGUCUACCCUAGAUAUAUCUCCGUCAUUAAUGUCACCUGUUCUGUCCGAGUACAAGAAGCAGUAGAGGAAUGGAAAUACUGUUGUGUAGAUCUGUAAAAUGUAUGUCAUGUAGAGCUUGCUGAUGAUUUUUGCUAUUUCAAACUACACCUGUAGAAUUUGCUGGCAUUCUUGAUACUAUUUUAAAUUUAUAUAUUGUAUAUAUUUGUAAUUUUUUGGUAGCCAGAGUGUUGCGGAAUAUGUAUAUAAUACAUGCUGCUAGCCUUUUCCUGAGGGGUCCCUGUUGCCCUGGGAUGUGGUUUCCUCAAUGCCCAGCAGCUGGGGCUGUAGUUUAAGCUGAGGCAGGACACGAGGUGAAUGAGGAGGCUCAUGUUACACCGCUCAAAGACCAGGAAAGAGAUUGCCAGAAAUUGCAUGCGAGACGAGAGCGUCUCCAGCCCCGUCCACAAUCAGGAGCACGCAAGGUGUUCCGGGGGUCCAGAGCGUUUACCAGGAGCUGCUAGGCUGCCCCUAUGCAUCCUCAUCCUUGGAAUGCAAUUAGACGACAAGUUUUCUGGGCAUUGCAGUUUUUAUGAGACAACUAUAAAUAAUUGAGAAGAUCCGUGGUGGGGCUGUUACAUCACAAGGGUUUAAUGGAAAUAAAUGGAACCUGUACCGAUGUGACUAAGAGCAGCUGGCGGAGUGGCAGAUUGCACCGGCCUGUGAAGGAGAUUGCUGCUUAUGCCUGUUUGCUUCAGUUAGCAAAAUAUUUACAGUGCUAAAUAUUGUUUUUGUUUUUUUUUCCUGCAAUAUAAAAUAUGCCCUAUGUAAGUGAUUAACAGAGACUGGAACUUUUUUAUUAGCUACAUGCAUUACCAAAAUGUAUGGUCAUGUUGACUUAACUUGGCAUUCCAAUAAAUUUCCUCUGGUUUGUAC